AUGUAUAACGUUCCGAAGUUGGAUUGUGUUUACCAUAGAAAAUGCCCCCUUGGAGUUAUAUUUGCUGGUAUAAGAAUGAUGGAGAUCAUGUCAGAAACUGCGGCAACUGGUCUGGCAGUCGGGUCUCAUGUCUGGGUACAGGACCCGGAUGUAGCCUGGGUAGAUGGGGUCAUUACAGAAAUUGAUGGGGAAGAGAUAACUGUAAAUUGCACAUCCGGAAAGACUGACUCUACCAGUUCACGCAAUAUAUACCCAAAAGAUGUGGAAGCCCCUCAGCGUGGUGUGGAUGAUAUGACAAAGCUUGCUUAUUUGCAUGAACCGGGUGUUUUAUACAAUUUAAGGUGUCGAUAUGACAUAAACGAUAUUUAUACCUAUACAGGUAAUAUACUGAUAGCAGUAAAUCCAUUCCAAAGGUUAUCUCAUUUGUACGACAACCACAUGAUGCAGCAGUACAAAGGAGCAGCCUUUGGUGAGCUGAGUCCCCACCCAUUUGCUAUAGCUGAUGCUGCAUACAGGCAAAUGAUUAAAGAAGGGAUAAGCCAGGCAAUUUUGGUUAGUGGUGAAAGCGGAGCUGGGAAAACUGAAAGCACAAAAAUGCUUAUGCGUUAUCUGGCCUUUAUGGGAGGUAGAGCAGGAGUAGAAGGAAGGACAGUGGAGCAACAAGUUCUGGAGUCAAAUCCAGUUCUAGAAGCAUUUGGUAAUGCAAAGACAGUGCGAAAUAACAACUCUAGUCGCUUUGGUAAAUUUGUCGAGAUCCAGUUCGACAAUCGUGGAAGAAUUUCUGGUGCUGCAAUCAGAACUUAUUUGUUGGAAAGAUCACGGGUUUGUCAGCUGUCUGAUCCAGAGAGAAACUACCACUGCUUCUACAUGCUUUGUGCUGCACCACCAGAGGAUGUUGAGAAAUACAAAUUAGGAAAUCCGAGGACAUUCCAUUAUCUGAACCAGUCAAAUUGUUUUGAUUUGGAUGCAUUUGAUGAUUCUAAGGAAUACCUUGCUACAAGAAGAGCUAUGGAUGUCGUUGGCAUCAGCGCGGAUGAACAGGAUGCAGUAUUCCGAGUAGUGGCUGCAGUCCUUCAUCUGGGCAACAUUGAGUUUGCAAAAGCAGAUGAAACUGAUUCUUCCGAACCGAAGGAUGACCAGUCCCGGUAUCAUUUGAAAACUGCAGCAGAUCUUCUCAUGUGUGAUGAGAAGGCUCUUGAAGACUCAAUGUGUAAACGUGUAAUUGUUACCCGUGAUGAGGCCAUAACAAAAUGCCUUGAUCCAAAUGCAGCUGUUACAAAUAGAGAUGCUUUAGCCAAGAUAGUGUAUUCAAGAUUGUUUGAUUGGCUUGUUAACAAGAUUAACAAUUCCAUUGGCCAAGAUCCUGAUUCAAAAUGCUUGAUUGGGGUCCUGGAUAUAUAUGGAUUUGAGAGUUUCAAGACAAACAGCUUUGAGCAGUUCUGUAUCAAUUUGACAAAUGAGAAGUUGCAGCAACAUUUCAAUCAGCAUGUUUUCAAGAUGGAGCAAGAGGAGUACACAAAAGAAGAAAUAGACUGGAGCUACAUUGAGUUUGUGGAUAAUCAAGACAUUCUAGAUCUCAUUGAAAAGAAACCCGGUGGCAUUAUCGCUCUGCUUGAUGAGGCUUGUAUGUUCCCAAGAUCAACAAAUGAAACAUUCGCGCAGAAACUGUAUCAGAUAUUCAAAGAUCAUAAGCGGUUUAGCAAGCCCAAAUUAUCGCAGACUGAUUUCACCAUUCAUCAUUAUGCUGGUGAUGUCACUUAUCAGACUGAGCUUUUUCUGGAUAAGAACAAAGACUAUGUUGUUGCGGAACAUCAAGCACUUCUAUGUGCUUCAAGGUGUUCUUUUGUCGCAGGCCUUUUCCCUCCUUUACCUGAAGAGUCUUCCAAAACAUCAAAGUUUUCAUCCAUUGGUUCUCAAUUUAAGCAACAAUUGCAAGCUUUGCUUGAGACACUCAGUGCCACAGAACCACAUUAUGUUCGCUGUGUUAAACCAAAUAAUGUUUUGAAACCAUCAAUAUUUGAGAAUCAAAAUGUACUUCAGCAGCUUCGUUGUGGGGGAGUGAUGGAAGCAAUCAGGAUUAGUUGUGCCGGAUUUCCCACUCGGAAGACAUUUGAUGAAUUUGUACGUCGAUUUGGUAUCCUUGCCCCCGAUAUCUUAAAUGGGAGGUUUGAGGAGGUUGAAGCUUGUAAGAGGAUUCUGGAGAGAGUCGACCUUAAGGGUUAUCAGGUUGGUAAAACUAAGGUGUUUCUUAGAGCUGGUCAGAUGGCUGAAUUAGAUGCCGUCCGGAGUGAAGUGCUGGGGAAAUCUGCACGUGUUAUCCAGAGAAAAGUGCGUUCAUACUUUGCUCGCAAAAGUUUUAUUGCACUGCGUAAUGCGGCAAUACAAAUGGAAGCUGUGUGCAGAGGUGAAGUGGCUCGCCAUCUCUACCUAUGCAUGAGGCGGGAAGCUGCUUGCUUGAGAAUCCAGAGAGAUGCAAGGACCUUUCUCGCCAGAAAAGCUUAUAAAGCCUUGAACUCUUCAGCUAUCAUUAUUCAAACAGCAAUUUGUGCUGUUGCUGCUCGGCAUGAGCUUCAAUCACGAAGAAAAAAUCGUGCAGCUAUCUUUAUCCAGAGCCAUUGCCGUGGACACUUGGCACGCUCACACUACUUGAGGAUAAAGGAAGCUGCUAUAGUUGUUCAAUGUGCCUGGAGAGGGAAAAUUGCCCGUAGGGAACUGAGAAAGCUUAAAAUGGCUGCAAAGGAAACUGGUGCUCUCCAAGCUGCCAAAAGUUUACUGGAAAAGCAAGUUGAGGAACUAACUUGGCGUUUACAGCUUGAGAAACGUAUGCGGGCUGACCUAGAUGAAGCGAAAACUCAGGAGAACACAAGACUAAAAUCGGCUUUGGAACAGAUGCAGCUCCAGCUUGAUGAGACCAAAGCAAUGCUGCAGAAGGAAAAGGAAGCCGCAUUGCAGCUUGAAGAGAAAGCUCCUGUGGUUCAGGAGGUUUCUGUUAUUGACAAUGAAAUGGUUGAUAAGCUUACAGCUGAAAAUGAACAGCUCAAGGCUUUAGUAAGUUCACUGGAAAAAAGAAUUGAUGAAACUGAGAAAAAGUAUGAAGAAACUAGUCGUCUUAGUGAGGAGAGAUUGAAGCAAGCUAUGGAUGCAGAGUCAAAGAUAAUUGAAUUGAAGACUUCCAUGCAAAGGCUUGAAGAAAAACUCUCGGAUAUGGAAACUGAGGACCAGAUUUUGCGACAACAAGCAUUGCUGAAUGCACCAGCUGGAAGAGCAUCUGGAUAUUUGACACCUCUUGAAAAUGGCCAUAAUGAACCACAGAGUUCCACACCUGCUAAGAGAUUUGGCAGUGCAUCAAAAAGAUUCGGCAGUGAGUCAAUGAGAAGAUCCAAUAUUGAAAGGCAGCGGGAAAGUAUAGAUGCUCUUAUGAAUUGUGUUUCUCAAGAUCUUGGCUUUAGUGAAGGAAAACCCAUAGCUGCAUUUACCAUUUUCAAAUGUCUAGUACACUGGAGAUCUUUUGAAGCAGAAAAAACUGUUGUGUUUGAUCGUCUCAUACAACUGAUUGGUUCUGCUAUAGAGGAUGAGACAAACAACAAUCACAUGAUUUAUUGGCUCUCCAACACAUCCACGUUAUUAGUGUUGCUUCAGCAGACUUUAAAAACUGGUCCUAGUGCUGCGAAACCUCCCCAGCCAACAUCACUAUUUGGAAGGAUGACCCAGGGUUUCCGUUCAUCUCCUUCUUUUGCUAACAUCUCGGUUGGUGGGUUUGAUGGAGUGCGCCAAGUGGAGGCAAAGUACCCUGCUUUGCUUUUCAAGCAACAACUGACUGCAUACGUAGAGAAGAUCUAUGGUAUUAUUCGAGAUAAUAUCAAGAAGGAUCUAUCGUCGCUUAUUUCUUCUUGUAUACAAGCAUCCAGAACAUCUAAACCCGGAGGUAGUUCUCCAGCCAGUCAUUGGCAGGGAAUCAUCGAUAGCUUAAAUGGCCUUCUGAGUACUUUAAAAGAAAAUUUUGUUCCCCCCAUUCUUGCUCAGAGAGUCUUUGUCCAGAUAUUCUCUUACAUAAAUCAUGAACUUUUCAAUAGUCUUCUCCUUCGUAAAGAGUGCUGUACCUUCAACAAUGGAGAAUAUGUGAAAUCAGGGUUAGCUGAAUUGGAGCUUUGGUGUAAAAAUGAAACAGAAGAGUAUGCAGGAUCAUCAUGGGAAGAAUUAAAACACACGAGGCAGGCUGUUGGUUUCUUGGUUAUUCACCAGAAGUCCAGAAUUACUUAUGACGAUCUUACAAAUGAUUUAUGCCCUGUCUUGAGCAUUCAACAGCUUCACAGACUAUGCACACUAUAUUGUGAUGAUAACUAUAAUACUCCGAGUGUAUCUCCUGAUGUAAUUUCCAACAUGACAUUAUUAAUGACAGAAGAUUCAAGUGAGUCCGAUAGCAAAUCAUUUUUGUUGGAUGACAAUUCCAGUAUCCCCUUCUCAGUUGAUGAUAUUGCCAGUAACCUGAAGGCUAUCGAUUUCACGGGCGUAAAACCUGCAUCAGAACUACUCGAAAAUCCAGCCUUCCAGUUUUUGAAGGAUUAG